AUGUCUGUCACCAUUGCUCUGGAGCUGGGUAUCAAGCUAGCAGUGAGCAGUAUUCCUGACACAGCUUCCUCUGCAAUUUCUCUUGGGCCCCAGCAGAUCCGUAAAGUGCCCAUCGUCUUAACCAGUGUGGUACAUAAAACUCCCCUAAGGCUCCCCAAACCUGUGAUACCUGGCCUCUCCACUUCCGGUCCCGCCCCCUCCCCAGUUGCUAGGAGACAUGAUGUCACCGGAAGCGAGGCCUGGGAUAGGCUGAGGCAAAGGGACGCCUCUAGCCCUCUGCAGUGUCGGUGCCUGCCUCGGGCUCCAGCUGUUUGUGGGCCUGGGCCUAGGGUCCCCGCGGGCGGCGGCGGCGGCGGCCCGGCCUCCGCGCGGCUCCCACGGCCGGCGAGCCCUCGCUGGGCGGGCCGCGGCUGGCUGCUUCCGGGCCCCGAGUCGCCGCGCCAUGCCGGCUCCCCGCUCGCCGCCGGCGCCGCUGCCUGCGCUCGGGCGGCCCGGGUCGCGGGCGUCGCGGUGGCCGCAGCUGCUGCUGCUGCUGGCGGCCGUGGGGCCGGCGCGCGGCUGGGAGAGCGGGGACCUGGAGCUCUUCGACCUGGUGGAGGAGGUGCAGGGCAACUUCUACGAGUUCCUCGGGGUGCCGCCGUUUUAUUCUUGUACCACUUGAUGGCAGUGAUGGAGCUAGAGCUACUGAGAAGGUUGGGGCAAGAAUUCAUUAUGAAUAACAAAAGGGGAGCUUCAUCCUCAGACAUCAGGAAAGCCUAUCGUAAGCGUUCACUGUCCUUACAUCCAGACAAGAAUAAGGAUGGCAAUGCAGAAACUCAAUUUAGACAAUUGGUGGCCAUUUAUGAAGUUUUAAAGGAUGAUGAAAGAAGACAGAGGUAUGAUGAUAUACUGAUCAAUGGACUUCCAGAUUGGCGACAGCCUGUGUUCUACUACAGGCGGGUGAGAAAAAUGAGCAAUGCUGAGCUGGCAUUACUCUUGUUCAUCAUUCUCACAGUGGGGCACUAUGCUGUUGUUUGGUCAAUCUACCUGGAAAAGCAGCUGGAUGAACUGCUUGGUAGAAAAAAGAGAGAAAAGAAAAAAAAGACAAGUGGCAAGAGUGUGGAUGUAUCAAAACUUGGUGCUUCAGAAAAAAAUGAAAGAUUGCUAAUAAAACCACAGUGGCAUGAUUUGCUUCCAUGCAAACUUGGAAUUUGGUUUUGUCUUACACUAAAAGCAUUGCCUCAUCUAAUCCAGGAUGCUGGGCAAUUUUAUACAAAAUACAAAGAAACAAAAUUGAAAGAAAAGGAAGAUGCACUGACUAGAACUGAAGAUGAAACACUUCAAAAACUGAAGAAGCUUAAGGUUAAAAAACCAAAACCCGAAUUUCCUAUGUAUGUGCCUUUAGAACAUACAUACAUUCAGUCUUAUGAUCAUGGAACAUCUAUAGAAGAAAUUGAGGAGCAAAUGGACGACUGGCUGAGAAACAGGGAUAGAACACAGAAAAAACAGGCACCUGAAUGGACAGAAGAGGAUCUCAGCCAGCUGACAAGAAGUAUGGUUAAGUUCCCAGGAGGGACCCCAGGUCGAUGGGAGAAGAUUGCCCAUGAAUUGGGUCGAUCUGUAACAGAUGUGACAACAAAAGCCAAACAACUGAAGGACUCAGUCACCCCAGGAAUGGUAAGACUCUCCAAACUCCAGUCAACAGCUCAGACUUUCAGGCCCAUGAAGAUGGCUGCAGCCUUGCCAGAUGACACUGUCACCCAGAGUGAAGAGUCAGCAGGGGUCAUGGGGGAUCAGGAGCAGAAGGGUGGUGAGGGAGAACAGGAGGUAGUAGCCCCUGAAGCCUGGCCUCGGAGGAGGAAGCCAGCCAGGCUGGUUGAGACAGUAAAAGAGUCAGAAGAGAAGUUUCGAGGAAAGAGGCAGAAAGACUUUGAUAUAUCAGAACAAAAUGAAUCAAGUGAUGAGGAGAGCCUGAAGAAAGAGAGAGCCCAUGCUACAGAGGAACCAUGGACUCAGAACCAACAGAAACUUCUAGAAUUGGCAUUGCAGCAGUACCCAAAAGGAACCUCUGACCGCUGGGACAAAAUCGCCAAAUGUGUCCCUUCUAAGAAUAAGGAAGACUGUAUUGCUAGGUACAAGUUGCUGGUUGAACUGGUCCAAAAGAAAAAACAAGCUAAAAGCUGAGUGUUCUGGAAGAUAAUGUUCACCUUCAUUUUCCAAAUGAGUAUUUCAAAAAUCUUAUGCAGAAAUAUGCAUUUGUACCUCAGUAUUUCUAUACAUCAUGUGCCUUAGCAAAAAAAAAUAAAUAAUAUUGUACUAUAUUGUGUAAA